AUGGCACCGACUUACAAGAUUUCGAAGACGUUGAUUGGACACGAGCAGGACGUCAAGGGCGUCUGUUUCGUUGACUCAGAAGUCGUCUCCUGUUCUCGAGACACUAGCGUGCGAAAGUGGCACUCUGACAGAUCGUCAGAUGCGAUAUACAACGGUGGCGGGUUCAUGAAUGCGAUUGCUGCGGCCCCCAACGGCCGUCUCAUUGCUGCAGGAGGCCAGGACAAGAUGAUUGCGCUCAUUGGCGACGACACAGCUCGAUUUCUGGUUGGUCACGAGGGAAAUGUCUGCGCUCUAGACCUUGCUGACGAUCUGGUCAUUUCCGGCUCCUGGGACAAGACCGCCAAGGUCUGGAACGACGGCCAUGUGCUGUACAACCUCGAGGGCCACGCUCAGGCUGUUUGGGCCGUCAAAAUCGUCUCUGCCAAGGAAAAUGUGUUCAUGACGGCCUCUGCUGACAAGACCAUCAAGCUGUGGCACCACGCCCAGUGUGUCGCCACCCUGCCUGCUCACACCGACGCUGUUCGAGGCCUUGCUAUUUUGGGCGACGGCAAGUUUGUGUCUGUCAGUAACGACACCACAGUCAAAUUAUGGCAACUGUCAUCUGAUAACAAGUCAGCAAAGGAGAUCAAGACGCUCGACGGUCACACAUCGUUUGUCUACUCCGUCGCAGCAAUUAGCCCCACAGAGUUCAUCACUACAGGCGAGGAUCGAACCGCUCGAAUCUGGAACGCCACUACAGGAGAGACUACCCAGGUCAUCACUCUUCCUUGUGUUUCUGUGUGGUCUGGCGCCACAGCCUCCAAUGGCGACAUUGCCGUCGGAGGCUCCGAUGCCAAGGUGCGCGUCUUCUCACGUGACUCGUCACGAUUCGCAGAUGUUGUUGAAAUCGAGGACUUUGAAGCCUCUGUGGCAAACUCGGCUAUCGGCAAGGACCAGGUCGGAGAGAUAAACAAGGACAAGCUGCCUGGACCCGAGCGUCUGUCUCAGCCUGGCACAAAGGAGGGAGAGGUUAUUAUGGUCAAGGGCAACGGAAUUGUGGAAGCUCAUCAGUGGUCUGCUGCUUCUUCCAGCUGGACCAAGAUUGGAGAAGUAGUUGAUGCACCCGGCGCAGAGCGAAAGAAGGUGGCUGAGGACGGAAAGGAGUACGACUACAUUUUUGACGUUGACGUAGAGGAGGGACAGCCAGCACUCAAGCUCCCCUACAACUCCAAUGAGAAUGUCUAUGCAGCUGCCCAGCGGUUCAUUGACCGGUACGAGCUUCCCCAAGGUUACUUGGAGGAGAUUGUGCAAUUCAUCAUCAAGAACACCGGUGGCGUCAACAUUGGAGGCGAUUCUGGCCCUGCGCCUGAUCCCUACGGGGGUCGAUACGUUCCUGGUGGAGAAGUGAGCGGCCCUACGCCUUCUGUUUCUGCUUCUGCAGCAGCAGCUGCCCCCUCUAUCGAACCCGCUCCUUUCCCACUAACAACUCCUCUUUUCAUCAACACAUACAACGCUGCGGCUCUCAGCAAGGGUCUGGACAAGUUUAACUCGUCCGAAGCCGCCCCUUUGGCUGAUGACGAGCUUUCUGCACUCAAACUUGCGCUUUCCAAGAACGAACUGGGCUCCUCCCUGCUUUCAGUGGUGCUCAAGAUUGUUUCUAGCUGGUCUGAGCCUCUUUUGGGACUGGAUAUUCUGCGCCUCAUGGCUGAGAAGCUGGGCGCUCCAAAGCCUGAGAUUGUCACAGCCGUUGAGGGCGCUGUUGCAUCACCCAAGCUGGCCCACAAACUCAUGGGGGUUCGGUUUGUGGUCAACAGCGUGGCUGCCAAAAAUACAUUCCCCGACGUUGAGUCGGUCAUUGAUACCGUUAAAGGGACUCUGGCUGACUACAAGUCGGAAAAGCUGUUUGGCCAAUAUGAGACUGCUGUUGCCACACUGCUGCUGGAUCUCGCUGUGAACGCAUACGACGGUGGCAACGUGGAGGCUGCCUUUGGUCUUCUGCAGAGCAUCAGUGAGGUGUGGGAGAAGGUGACUGGCAACGAGGCCGUCUUCCGACUGGCCGUGGCUGCGGGCACGCUGUUUUCUCUCAAGAGCGAGGAGGUUGCCAGCUGUUAUGAUCUGUUCAACUAUGCUUCUCUGGUGGCUCGUCCCUAUGAUGAGCUUCGGCUCAAGAAGGUCAUGGUUAAUCUCACCAAGUAA